GUGUCAAGUGUAACGCGCUCGUCUUCCUAAGCGAAACAGUGACGAGUCCUGUUCAAUCCGGUGAAGUCCUGCGAAGUCAGCUGUCGCCGCCUUCCAGAGUCCAGAUUAUUUUAUUUUCCAUUCGAAAAGCAAAAGACAACCCAUAAACCAUGGCCGACGACGAAGCUAAGAAAGCGAAACAGGCGGAAAUCGACCGCAAAAGGGCCGAAGUGCGCAAACGUAUGGAAGAGGCGUCCAAAGCCAAGAAGGCCAAGAAGGGUUUCAUGACCCCGGAUAGAAAGAAGAAACUCCGUCUGUUGUUGAGAAAAAAGGCAGCCGAAGAGUUGAAGAAAGAACAAGAACGCAAAGCUGCCGAACGAAGGCGGAUCAUCGAAGAACGGUGUGGACAACCGAAAAACAUCGACGACGCCGGCGAAGAUACGAUCAAACGAGUAAUUAAAGAGUAUUACGACAGGAUCACAAAAUUAGAAGACCAAAAGUUCGACUUGGAAUACGUUGUGAAAAAGAAAGAUUUCGAGAUCAGCGAAUUGAACAGCCAAGUCAAUGACUUACGAGGAAAAUUCGUCAAACCAACUUUGAAGAAGGUUUCCAAAUACGAAAACAAAUUCGCAAAACUCCAAAAGAAAGCAGCGGAGUUCAACUUCAGAAAUCAACUCAAAGUAGUGAAGAAAAAGGAGUUUACCUUGGAAGAAGAAGACAAAGAAAAAAAACCCGAUUGGUCCAAAAAGGGAGACGAAAAGAAGGUAAAGGAAGAAGUGGAAUACGAGUUUAUAAAAAUUAUAUUUCUUACGUCUGUUAAUAAAAAAAAAAAGGGCGAAGGAGAAGACGGCGACGGUACCGAAGAUGAUAAGACCGACGACGGUUUGACUACAGAAGGCGAAUCGGUCGCGGGCGAUGUAACAGACGCAACGGAAGACGCGCAGAGCGAUAACGAAAUUAUCGAACCAGAACCAGUGGUUGAACCCGAACCAGAACCUCAACCACCAUCCCCAGCACCAGAAGAACUUUGGGCAUAUCUUAAGGACACCGUGUGCUCGAAUAACCCACUCAGCGUCGAUGACCUGGUUGACAAACUUAUGACUGCCGUUACAGCCAUACCACAACCCCUACUGAAUUCUGUGGUCAAAGACACUAUCAAAAAACAAAAAUCAAUUGACGAAGGAAUCGAAGGUGGUCCUCCAGCUGAAGGUGAUCCUGCAACACCUGCGGAUUCAACCGAUCCGACCGAUCCAUCCGUCGCAUCGGCCGAUCCGUCAGUGGCGCACGAUGAUCCAGCAAUCGAGACGGCGGCACCGACCGACCCAGCAACUGAAACCGCUGCGCCGAUCGAUCCGACCACCGUAGCGGCAGAACCGGUGAAUCCGACCACAGACACAACGGCCGAAGCGCAGCCUGCACCGCCGGCUGAAGGCGAACAACCUGCGGCUACCGAGGAAGUUAAGCCAGCGGAAGCGCCCGCCACAGAGGCCGCGCCAGAAACAGCGCCUACAGCAGUGGAAAAUGUACCAGAACCAGCAGCAACAGCUUAAUAAAAACAAUGCAAAAACAAAAGUCAUUCGAUCGUGCAUUCUGAAUAUUUUAUACUUAACAUCAUCAAAUACAAUCGGCAUUAUUUCACUA